AAUCUGUUUAAAUGGAUGGAAACGGUAAUUGCUUGACUAUAUAAUCUAUCCGUCAGCAAUUCACCUGUAUAUAUACUAUCAAAAUAAAGGUGUCGGUCUAUUAAUCAGCCAAAUGAAGAAUUAAACGGAAGAUCUUGACUACCGAACGCUUGAUCAGAUACAAAAUGGCGGUUUAAUUAGAAAAAUGAUAUUUUGAUAAUAGCAACAGUGGUAAAAUGAACAUAGGACAUGAAAAUUUCUUAAAGGAAUUCAACUAAAAAAAUAUGGCGGUUUUAGUAGAAAAUCCCACUUCACUAGAUAAUGAAUUGAAAGGUCCGGUUGCAGAUGAUGUGCAUCAUGCUAAGCUUGCAGAUGUUAUUCAUCUUAAGGAAGCCAGAUUUGACGACCGUGGGCUUUUACAAAUUUCAACAGUAAAACAUAAACCGGAAAUAAUAAAAUAUGACAUGAAACACAAAACUAGAUCUGCAAAAACGAAAGACACCGACAACAGAAGUGAAACAACUAGACCUCUAACUGGUUUGACCAAUGAAAAUAGAUUAGAAGUUGAAAAAUCAGAAAUUCAAACAACUGCUUUGUCCGUUACUGUUGAACGAAAGCCUCUUCAUAAUAUUCAGCCUGGUAGGAGUGUAACCGAACAUGGACGCAGUUUCGGUGGUGCUCAUCCUGUUCAUAUUGGUUCAGCGCCACCUAUGUCUUCUCCAACGGCAUAUGAAAGAGGUAUGCUGAUUCAGCAACACAGAACACGUCGUGUUCCUACUAGAAUGGUCCGUCUAGCAACAGUCUCGAUGUCUGCAAGAACGAAACCACAGUCUCGUGGUCAAAUGGCCAGUCUUUACUAUGAAGAACCGAAGAAACCACCAAAAGUAAUUACAUGGGAUGAGGCUAAUAAUGCCCGACCACCUCUCAGGAUUGAUAUGGAAGGACCUGGGCCAUGCACAUACUCCGCGCAUAAUGUUAAACCCCUCAACGAGACCAAUUCUCCAGUUUGGACUUUUGGUGGAAAAUGUGAUCCCGAGAGAGAGGGUGGCUGUAGGACAUCCUGGGAGAAAACGUGGUUUCAAACUCCACAUAUUUGGCAAACUAAAGUGGACUUCUAUAAUGAUACCAGUUGGCCGUCACCAAAUAUAUAUAAACAAAGACCAUUACUUGGCCCAAAGCAAAGAACGUUUUCAGAAGCUCCAAGUUUCACAAUAGGAAAUAGGAAACAAAUUAACUUAGAGAAGAGAGGUUCAGACAAAGAACCGUCACCAAACAGCUACGAAAAAUCAUCAGCAGAUAAAGUUACAUUUAAUAAAGCACCAGCAUAUUCCCAUCAGUUCCGGAGAUCAGGGACGGUUCUUUGGGCUCACCCUGGGAAAACACCAGGUCCAGCUGCUUACACGCCUAGAUUUGAUACAAACAAAACGAAUAAACCUGCCUUUACUAUAAGAAGUUUAAGGAGGGAGAAAUCUCAUUGUUUAGGGCCAUUCUCAACAUUUUGAAGCAUUACCUAGUGUCACUUUUGUAGAACGGAAGUGAAGUGUUUUGAUCGGAUGUUCGUCAGAAACGGUGGGAUAUUCAUAUGAUCUGAUAAAUCAGAACGACAAUCUUCAUAGUGCUUAUCAUGCUUAUAAAAGUUAUUGCAAAUAUUUGAAAUCUUCAUUGUAUUGGCAAAUUAUGUUCAAAGUAGCUCGAUCAAUAAUUCAAUGUGCAUGCAUUAACUUUUAUAUCUUUGAAUAAUUUUUAUUGUAAAAUUUUAUAUCUUAUCUUUGAAUAAUUUUUAUUGUAAAAUUUUAUAUCUUAUCUUUGAAUAAUUUUUAUUGUAAAAUUUUAUAUCUUGUCUUUCGGUAUGGUCCGACCGUACGCGUAUGGUCGGGGUAAUUAACACUCUGUUACAGUUUACUUUUAAUACUUCUAAACUCGUCAUAUAGUAUGACCGACUUUGACCGUUCAUAAAAAAAGACGGUAUUAUUUAGGUAAUUUUAUUAUUUUAUCAUAAUAAAAAUGUUAGCUAAUGAAAAGGAUCGUACACAACCAAGACUUGAAAUACAAAAAAAAUUAUUAUACCAUGUGGAAGAAAAUGGCACCCCAAGCCUACAUGCAAGAAUGUAAUUAUCGAUGAAAACUAACUAUGGCAUCAACAUUAAAUUUUACGUAGUAUUUGAAAUAUAAAAAAUAAAAGAAUUGGCAUGUAACCAUCAUUGUUUUUUUAGAUUAAAUUUUUGGAUUAUUGAAACUUUUGUAAUGUAUUUUAAAAAAAAUACUUAUAUGGUCCAAAUACUCAUAUGGUCCGAC